CCUGAGAUUUGCCGUUGCCUUGUUCCGCCAAAACCACGGCCCGUAGCGGUAGCACCGCACUUCCCGUCUCGGCCGGAGGAUGACGUGGAGCCGAUCGCGUCGGCCCCCGAGUUGACACUGGCCCCUCGGCGGCGCUAUCGUGAUUCGACAUCCCAGCCAAGCGCUACGCCUUCAGGUUCACCUUGAGAGGCUGCAGCAGCAGUACUAGACCGGCAACAUGGCGCAUGUACAUGGGACGAGCAUGUUCUCCCCGCUCAACACGGACCUGGCCCGCCGAUACUGGUACACCGUCGCCGGGUUCGUUGGGGCUUUCAUGCUGAUUCGAGGCGUCAACUUCUACAAGUCACAACAACGGCUGCGGAGAAAGGCGUCAAACUCGAUUGAAUCACCCACCAAGCCGAGCAACGGCUUCCUGGAGCUCUGGGCCACCUUGACCGCCGUCGUCCGCGAGGCUAGCGCGCCCCAGCUACACAUUCCCCUCCGCGGGCUCUCAUGGUUGACGCCGCCGCCGCUGGGCCGGAUCAUCGCCCUGCUGGUGUAUUGGAUCCUCAUCAUUUACAUGAUGACCACGGAUGUCAUCGUGAAAGACGCCUUCUUCUGGGAGCGCAUCGGCUACCGCAACGCGUGGGUCACCAUUACGCAGGUGCCGCUGCUCUACCUCCUUGCGUCCAAAUGCAGCAUCGUGGGCUUCCUGAUCGGGACGAGCCACGAGCGGCUCAACUGGCUGCACCGAUGGGUCGGACGCACCAUGUUCGUCACGGCCUCUGUCCACGGCUGGCAUUUCUACACCGACUGGGUGCGCGCCGACGCCGUCGAGUACCAGAUCAAGAUGAUGCCGUCGAUCAAAUACGGACUCGGGGCCUGGGCCGUCCUGCUCUGGACGCAGGUCUCGGGCCUGGCGCCCUUGCGGCGGAUGGCCUAUGAGAUUUUCGUGCUGCAGCAUCUCCUCAGCGCCAUAUUCUUCCUCUGGCUGAUCUCCGUCCACGUCCCGCCGAGCGCGCAGUACAACGUCUGGUUUGCCGUCGCCGCCCUCUCCUUUGACAGGGUUUGUCGCAUUGCCCUGCUCCUCUGGCAAAACGUCAAGGUGCUCCCGGACAAGUCGAAAUGUAGUGGGGGACAGCGCAUCGGGCACCAGGCUCAGAUGAAGGCGGUGGGCGACUCCAUCACCGUGGUCACCAUCAAAGACGUCCAUUUCAAGUGGCGGGCCGGCCAGCACCUCUACCUCUGGAUCCCUCGCGUCGGCCUAGCCGAGGCGCACCCGUACACGAUUGCGUGCGCCCACCAGCUGCCGGACACGUGCAUCUGCAACAGCAUUCAGCUGGUCGUGCGAAAGCACGGUGGGUUCUCGCGCCGACUCCAUGAUUUUGCGACAAGGGCAGGGCGGAAAGAGCACUCAACUGUCUUCGUCUCGGGGCCGUAUGGUGCGCCGCCCCGGUGGGAUAUCUACGAGACCAUCAUCUUGGUCUCGGCGUCGACCGGCGCCUCCUUUACGCUGCCGAUCCUGGAGAGUUUGCUGCGGUCGAAAGCCACGAAAUGCGUCAAGAGGGUCGACUUUUUACUAGCGGCGAGGCAGGGGGAGGAAAUCGACUUUUACGUCUCUCGCCUCCACGAGCUGAUUGAGCGCGCUAGGGAGGUCGGCAUCGAGCUCAGCGUGCAUAUCGCCGUCACCCAGGGGCCCUCGCCGUUCGCCAGAGACUCGGGCGCCGAUGUCAAGACCGUCGAUGCCGCGUCGGCCUCGUCCUCCGGAAGCAACGUGGGGAAGCAGACGGGCGAGAAGGCCACUGCGUCGCCGGCCGAUAUCGAGCAGCCCGUCCCCACGGUCCAGAAGAGGGCGAGCCACGCGAGCACUGAUUCGCACGUGUUCCACUCAUCGGUCCGGCCGGACGUGGACGCGUUCAUCCGGGGCCCGGUCGAGGAGACGGGCGGGGAGACCAGCGUGGUCGUCUGCGGCGGCCCGUCUUUGGUCGCGAGGGUGAGGAAUUGCGUCGCGUCUCUGUCGGACGAGAGAGCGGUGCACAAAGGGACGGGGGCGCAGGGGAUACAUCUGUAUGCCGAAGAGUACAGCUUUUAGUAAUUAGUAAAUAUAGUUCAAUCCAGCUUGGUCGAGAGUUGGAAUGAUCAAAGUGACCAGCGCGAUCGAAAGUUGAAAUGAACGUGAAUCCCUGCACUUGGCCCAUGCUCUGGUGAGUCUGGCGGGGCUCAUCCGGCUCGCGAGGACCCCGCCAAGGUGCCUGAGUGAAUCCGCGCUU